AUGUCCCCCACCGCUGAACAGAUUGCAUGGCUGUUUGUGUCGCAGUACUUUAAGCGACUGCACUCGGACCCCAGCGAGCUGCACCACUUUUACGACGUCGAUGCGAAGCUGCUGCACGGCAAGGAGCAGGACGACACCGCCGCGAUCUCUGGCACAGAGAGCAUCCAGGAGCGGAUUAGCCAGCUGCACACCAAGGGCUGCAAGACGCUCAUCUCGUGCCUGGACGCCAUGGAGGGCCCCAACAAGUCCAUUCUGAUCCAGAUCAUCGGCCAGAUGUCGUCCACCGACGAUGGCGUGCCUCAGAAGUUUGUGCAGUCCGUUGUUCUCGAAAGCAAGAGCGGCACCAACUACUCCAUCUACAGCGACGUGUUCCGGUUCCUGAAGGAUGACGACGAAGAGGUGGCCAAGGAGGAUGUCAAGGAGGAGCCUAAGGAGGACGUCAAGGAGGAGCCCAAGAAGGAGGUUGAGGCGAAGAAGGAGCCAAAGAAGGAGGAGCCCAAGAAGGAGGAGACCAAGAAGGAGGAGCCCAAGAAGGAGGAGGCCCUCAAGAAGGAGGAGCCCAAGAAGGAUGAGCCCAAGAAGGAGGCUCCUGUUGCUGCUCCUGUUGCUACUCCGGCCACUCCUGUUGCCGCCUCUUCUUCUUCCGCUGCUUCCGCUGCUCCUGAGACCAAGGAGGAGCCCAAGAAGGAGACAGCUGCUGCCGCCCCCCCUGCUGCAGCCACCUCCGCCCCCGCUGAGCCUACCAAGCCCUCGGGACCUAUCUCUUGGGCUGCCCGAGCCCGGUCUUCUGACAAGCCUGCUCCCGCGGGCUCUGCUACCCCCGCCGAGACCCCCUCGCCCGUGGCUGCCGCUGCUGUAGCCAAAAAGGAGCCUUCCAGCUCUCCCACUGUUGCGGCCGCAACCACGUCCUCCGCCUCCUCGGCCGCCGGCAACCGAAAGGGAACCUUCCACUCGGCAUACAUCAAGGGCGUGGACGGCAACACAGACUUGGCGGUCGUGGAGGCCGCGCUCAAGAAGAUUGGCAACGGCAUCUCACACUUCGAGGUGACCAAGUCCAGGAACAGCGUUUUUGUCGACUUCAACGACGCCCAGACGCUGCGAAAGGCUCUGGAGCUGCGGGAGCUCAAGGUCGGCGAUCUGACCAUCAUCAUCGACGAGCGAAAGCGCCGAAAGCCCGGCUCUGGCUCUGGAACCAGCAACGGUGGCGGUAGCGGAAGCGGCUCGUCCGGAAACAGAGACUCUAACAAGCGUCAGGGAACCAAGCGACGUUAA